GCCGUCCGCGCCACCAUGCAGCCCCCGCUGCCGCCCCCGCUGCUGCCGCUGCUGCUGCUGCCGCUGCUGCUGGCCGCGGCGGCGGACGCGCUGCCGCCCCGCGCCGGCCGCUCGCUGCCCGCCGCCGCCGCCGCCUGCCCCGAGCGCUGCGAGCCCGCGCGCUGCGCCCCGCCGCCCGCGCACUGCGACGGCGGCCGCGUCCGGGACGCGUGCGGCUGCUGCGAGGUGUGCGGCGCGCCCGAGGGCGCCGCGUGCGGCCUGCAGGACGGCCCGUGCGGCGAGGGGCUGCGCUGCGUCGUGCCCUUCGGGGUGCCCGCGUCGGCCACGGUGCGGCGGCGCGCGCAGGCCGGCGUCUGCGAGUGUGCCAGCGGCGACCCGGUGUGCGGCAGCGACGGCAACACCUACGCCAACCUGUGCCAGCUGCGGGCCGCCAGCCGCCGCUCCGAGAGGCAGCACCAGCCGCCGCUCAUCGUCCUGCAGCGCGGCGCCUGCGGCCAAGGGCAGGAAGACCCCAACAGUUUGCGCCAUAGAUACAACUUCAUCGCCGACGUGGUGGAGAAGAUCGCUCCUGCCGUGGUGCACAUUGAGCUGUUCCGCAAACUUCCCUUCUCGAAGAGGGAGGUGCCAGUGGCCAGCGGGUCUGGGUUCAUCGUGUCGGAGGAUGGCCUGAUCGUGACCAACGCCCACGUGGUGACCAACAAGCACCGGGUCAAGGUCGAGCUGAAGGACGGGGCCACCUACGAGGCCAAGAUCAAGGACGUGGAUGAGAAGGCGGACAUCGCGCUCAUCAAAAUAGACCAUGAGGGAAAGCUGCCAGUGCUCCUGCUGGGCCGCUCCUCGGAGCUGCGGCCUGGGGAGUUCGUGGUGGCCAUCGGGAGCCCCUUUUCCCUCCAAAACACGGUCACCACCGGAAUCGUCAGCACCACCCAGCGCGGCGGCAAGGAGCUGGGGCUCCGGAACUCGGACAUGGACUACAUCCAGACGGACGCCAUCAUCAAUUACGGAAACUCGGGGGGCCCGCUCGUGAACCUGGAUGGGGAGGUGAUCGGAAUCAACACCCUGAAGGUCACAGCCGGCAUCUCCUUCGCCAUCCCCUCGGACAAGAUUAAAAAGUUCCUCACCGAGUCCCAUGACCGUCAGGCCAAGGGCAAAGCUGUCACCAAGAAGAAAUACAUUGGCAUCCGAAUGAUGUCACUCACAUCCAGCAAGGCCAAAGAGCUGAAGGACCGUCACCGAGACUUCCCGGAUGUGCUUUCCGGAGCGUACAUUAUCGAGGUCAUUCCUGACACCCCGGCAGAAAAGGGGGGCCUCAAGGAGAACGACGUCAUCAUCAGCAUCAACGGCCAGUCUGUGGUGUCAGCCAACGACGUCAGCGACGUCAUCAAGAGGGAGACCGUCUUGAACAUGGUGGUGCGCCGGGGCAACGAGGACGUCAUGGUCACCGUGGUCCCCAAGGAGAUCGACCCCUAGGCUGCGGCAGGAGCUGGACUUCGUGUUUCCCGCAAAGACUCCCGGGGCCCCGAUGUGCGAUGCCAGGGCUGCUGGGCGGCCGCAUUUCUCGAUGGGCAGAGACACCCCGACCAGCAGACCCCUCCCACAUCGUUGGCAGACGUCCUGCUGUAGACCCCCCUCCGCAGAAGCCCUGCCCCCGUGUGCUUGCUCGAGUCCCCUCCCUCAGACGACACCUCCCUUGCGGUCCAACCCCGGCAGGUGGUGGGACACAGUAGCUCGGAGGACGGUCCCCGGGAGCCAGAAUGGUACUGGACGCGUGCGUGUGUCCCCAGAAGUCACGGGUGGGUGGACACCGGCUCCCCUGAGGACCAGUGGGGCCUCUUGGAGGCGUUUCUUCGGAAUGGGGAGUCACGCGACUCCCGACUCGGGCCAUUAAACUACUUCUUCAUACUUGG